AUGUCGACCAGGGUCCCAGUUACAACACCUCCGAUCGUCGUCCCCGGCCCGCCCUCGGUGCGCAUCCCCUCCUCCCAUGAGUCUGGAGCAUUCCACACGCCAGACGAGCUCUCGCCCCUAGAUGCCGAUUUUGACGCUUCAGAUUACUUCAUGGCUGAGAACGCGCGGGGCGCUGACCCCCCGAGGACCAGCGACGAUAGCGCAGUAACACAAGAGAACCCGGGCGCGCAAGAACUCACCACCACAACAACAGCCGCGCCCACCAGCACCACCACGCAAGCGGACACUGAAGAGAACGGGCAGGAUGAGGCCACCACCACGACGUCCCAGCCGCACCUUGAGAACGAUAUUAGUCUCCUGCCCCCUUUGACCGAUCGCGACGACAGCAGCUUGUUCCCCUUGUCCAGCGAAAAUGGCGAUCAUGAGCGCGGGAAUAACCAGACCCUUAUUGAGGAGCAUGAGAUGCGCCGCAAGCUAAUGGAUAUGGAGUCGAGCUUCCUGCCAGAGCCCUCGACCAUUGACGUCGCCGCGGCUGGCCCGAGUGCCGGCGCAGAUGAUACCUACUUAGUCGGGGUGGGGUCCUACGAUGCCGACCUGACGGAGUCGUCCAAUUUCUCUUUCCUCCCACCGUCUCAAAGCUACCAAGGAACGGAGCAAGACAAUGACGGCGCUGAUGAGGGGAGGAAGGAUGUGACGGGGGCUGCAUAUGCGCAGCACUCUGGCAACGACACUCUGCUCGACUCGCUCGCCUCGUCGCCCACAGCUGCGGCAAUGCUUCGGAGCAUUCAGCGUGAUCAGUUGACGUCCGGGAACGCUGAUGAAAAUACCCUACUGUCUCAGGACGAGCGGCCCUUCAGAUCUCAGCUCUCAAUCACAGAAAGCGAGUCGCAACUCACCCCUUCCAAGCUCCGACACUCUUCCCGCAGCCUCUCCCCUGGCCCUUCACGGUUAUUCAGCGACCAGGGCGGCAGCAUGACUGGGAGCCGAAGAAGUGGAAGCCGACCGAAGUACUUGACCAGUCGUCAAUCCGCUCAGCGUUUGUCGCACUCUUCAAUUACUAGCAAUAACACCGAAACCACUCACAGCGAUGCAACGCUAGGCGCUGACUUUGCUCUCCAGACGGGCGGUGCAGCUUCUGAGCACUGGGGGAAUCUCAAUGCCGGUUCGCGCGCCCAUAUGACCCGCACGACCAGUCUGGGCAGUAUGGCGUCCGGCGUUUCGGGCUAUAGUGAAGAGAAUUCACUGGAGAGACGCACUGUAGGCGGUCCAGUUGAUAGGGGUCUGCAUACAUUGGAAGAAGAAAGCUCACCGCAGUCCACACGGCAAGCGACGGCCUUCGACGACGCCUCAGCUCCUGUGACCCCGAAAGCCAAGCCUCGAGACAAUUUCCCAACUGAUAGAGCCAUCACCGAGCGUGUCAAGGGAAUUCAGGUUCCCACAGCCUUCGUGCAACGAUUCCGGGACGACUUUGGACACACUGGACCAUCUCCUGAGAAACGCGCAGGAGCUUCGACCCCUUCAUUCGGACGAAGCGGCCGUACCAUGACCCUCAAAGAGCAAAGCAGCACCAUCGAUCGACUCUCGAAGGAGAAUUUUGACCUCAAAAUGCGUAUCCAUUUUCUCAAUGAGGCACUGAACAAGCGAUCCGAGGAAGGCAUCAAGGAAAUGAUCUCCGAGAAUGUCGAGCUCAAGUCCGACAAGUUGAAACUGCAAAAGGAUAACCAAGGCCUGAAGCGCAAGAUUCGGGAUCUGGAGAAGCAGCUGAAGGAUCAACAAUCUGACAAGGACUCAAUGGUCAACCAUGACCCUGAAGCAUCCGAGGAUGACCGGGACUCGGCUCAAGAUGGAGAGAUUGUUUUCCUGCGCGAGCGGGUUGAGACAUAUGAGCUUGAGAUUGAGCGAAUGAGGUCUGAAAGUAUUGCCCGAGAGAGCGAGAAGCGCCGCUUGGCUGAGAUGGUCAAGUCGCUGAGCGAGACUCGCUCGGGAGGGUCCGAUGCGGGUGCUCGAGAGGAGAGGGACAUGUGGAAGGACAUGUUGGAGGCAGAGACGGCUGCUCGCGAGCAGGCUGAAGAAGAGAAUCGCAGGCUACGGGAUGAGUCGAUUCGCCUCAAAAGUGAACUCUACUCGUUUACUAGCGGUCCGAAGCCUGGGCAGCGCGAGCGCGGUGGUUCUACUGUUUCAUAUGCAUCGGCAUCUGAUAAAGAUGGCAGCCGUGGUGCUCUGAUGAGCACCUCCAGCAGCACACUCAUCGUCGAGCUUGAGCUCUUGAAGCAAGAGAACGCUGAGUUAAGGAAAGAGGUCAGCGCACAAACCUCUAUGCUCACAUCCCGGAAUCGCGAAAAGGAGCGUCUUUACCAGGAGAUUGAGGAGCUCAAGCUGGGUCAGCGCCGCGAUGGUGGCCGAUCCGUGGCCGGGGACAGCAUUUUUGACCGCUCAGUAUCCCGCGCUCAGAUGCGGACUGGGUCGGAAGUCAGUGAUGGUACUGGAUCCCGGGAUAAUAUGGACCGCGAUGAGCUCGAGGCCCGGAACGGCCAGCUACGCGACCAUGUGUCGACGCUGAAGCUGGAGAACCAGGCUAUUCGUGACCAGCUGGAGGACUACAUCCGCGAGCUGGAGGCCCUCGAUAAGGCUUACCAAGCUGAUGUGGACCAAGCCGAAGAGGAAAUGCAGAACCUACAACAGGAGCGGGACCAGGCUAUUCACAUGGCGGAUGAGCGCGAUGCUGCCUUCCAAGAUCUCCGUGCCGAGGCGCAGGAGGAGCUUGAUACCCUUGGGGAGGAGCUUGAUCAGAAGAUUGUUGAGUGUCAGCGUAUGAGCGAGGAUUUGAGGAAUCAGGAUGAGAGUCUCAAGAUCUUGCAGGCCGAGAUGCGCUCGGCUAGUGAGGGUAUCAUUCGACUCGAGGAAGAUGCCCAGAACAACCUGGAGCGGUACAGGGCCGUGCAGCAGGAGCUGGAAGAAACUAACGGCGAGAUGGAGUCGCUGGAGAAGGGCCUCUUUGAAGCCAACACCAAGGUGCAGCGGCUGACGGUGCAGAUCGAGUCGAGCCAGAACGAGAUUGCGUUCCUACGGGAGGAGCAAGACGGCGACAAGAUCCGCAUUGGUGAUCUGGAGUCUGAGUUGAAGACAUACCAGAUGAGUCUCUACAGCGAGAAGGAGAAGACCCGAGAGCUUGAGCAGCGGCUGGCAGACGAGCGACACCAGCGGGAGCUGGUUGGAAGUAAGGAGAAGCAAGAGGUUCAGCGGAUCAUGAAUGAACUGAAUCGUGAAGCGUCAGCCGCUAAGGAGGAGGUCCGGCGGUUGAAGAAGAGCCUUUCUACUCAAGAGAUCGAGACUACCACCUGGCGUGAGCGUCUCUUGGACCUUGAGAACAAUCUUCGCGAGACACUGGGAGAUCUGAGUGGUAGCCGGUCUAGCCUGAUCACCAACAUCAUGAAGCUGCAGAAGGAGCUCGAGUCAACUGCGCUGGAGCUGGAGAGCGUACGACAACAAUUGGACGAGAAAGAGUCGCUGCUUCGCAACCGCGAUGCCCUUCUGGAGAGUCACGGCCUGGAAUCUCGCAAGCUCUCUGAGCUCCUCGAACGCGAGCGACAAGCCCGCCGGGCAGACAAGCAGUCCUUCGAGGCGUCUCUCAAAAACCACCAGCAAGCCUCGCGAACCAUUACCCAGAGCAACUCACGCAUUACGGAUCUUGAGAAUGCCCGCGCUUCAGACCGCAAGCGGUUCACCUCUCUUGAGCAGCAGUUCCGAGAUCAACUCAGCGAGCGUAAUGCGUUGUUCCUCACUAUCUGGAAGCGGCUCUCGUCGAUGUGUGGUCCUGACUGGGCGCAUUCGAACAGCCUCAUCAACGGCAACCUGCCCAGCCAGGAAGUAAUUGGCAACAUUCUGUUCUGGCCAGGCUUCAGCCGGAACUUGAUACUUGCCAUCAAGACUGUUGAAAGUGUGAUUUCAGGAUUCAAGGGCCGCAUCAGGAGCGUUGAGCAUGACUUCACCAAGCAGUACCAGAAUCUCGAGAACUCCUUUGCUCAGCGCGUCCGCCGACUCGAGCGAGUUGAGGAGGCAGUCAAGAAUCUGCGGAACGACCGGGGGCACUCUACUUCGACGUCUGAAGUGUCCAAGCUCCGUGGUGAAAACCGGCUUUUGAAGGCCGAGAUCAAUCUGCUCCAGUCUAACUCCCGAACCCAUGGUUCCGCCUCUACAGCGGCAGCGGCCGUGAUGGCAUCUGGCUCGCGAUCUCCAUCGCUUGGGUCUCCUGUAGGUGCCGAGCGCUCACUGGCCCGCCAUAACUCCACACCUGGAACCAGCGAGAAGUCGCGCUCUGAGCGAGGUCUCGCGCGCACUUCCACUGGUCUCCCACAGCCAUCACACUCCUCUUCUAGCAGCACACUGACCAACAAUGCCGGCGCUAUGAUGCCCCGCACACGCGGUGCAGCCGGCGGAUGGGAAGGUGGCGAUGAGAAAUGGAUUCACCGGCUGCACGAGCUGGAGAAGCGGCUGAAGGCCGAGCGAGAAGGGCGUCUCCUGGACCGCAGCGGCGCACGCAAGCGUCUGGAGGAACGAGAUGCCGAAAACCAGAGGCUGCGCGAUCAAAUUCAGCGAGAGCGCGUGCGCCGAGGCCCUUCAGGUACUAGCACUGACGGUGGGCGCAGUCGAGUGCCUACUUACGAUGAAGGUCCUAGCUCGAGUGAAGGGGAAGGCAUCACGGUCGACAUUGAGGUGUGA